CAGUUAUAACUUUAAUAAUUCAUAUAUAAAUAUUUUGAUACAUCAUUAUUAUUCAUUUAAUAUUAAAAAAAUUUAUUUUAUGUAAAAUAAAUUUACUUUUAAAAUUUUAAAACAAUAUGCUAUUACACUUUUUUAUUUUGAAUUUUUUUUUUUUUUCGGUUAUAAGUUGUCAAUCAAAUAUAAAUCCUUUGAAUUUUAAUGUAUUUAGAAAUAAUCUCAUUGAUUUGGUGGAUCAUUUUCGACUUCAAGACGAGUGGAAAUAUUUACAACACAUUCAAUUAAGAAUGGAUAAACAAAUUGUAAAUGUUAACCAGAUAUUUUUUUCAGAUAUUAAUGAAUUCAAUGUAAUACCUAAAUUCAAGCAAAUAACAUUAGUGUUUAACUACAGGUAUUAUGAAAUAUUAAAAUCGUUUAAUGAUGCUAUAAAAAUGUUUGUAAUUAUUUGUGAAGAUAAACAAUCAAAUAUAUCAAUAGACGAAUAUGUAGAUUGCGUAAAACAACUUAAAAAAAAUUUAGUAGAUUCUAUAGAUAUGUAUGAGCGAUUGUACAAAGCUAUAUGUUUUAUAAGUAACAUAUAUUUUUAUCUAACAAAAGAUAUUCCCAUAAUAUUACAACCACAGAUUGUAGGGGAUGCCUUAUUACAAAUCAAACAAUUUAUUAACUUUAAGUCCAAGUCAAAUUUAGCUACAAAUGAAAAUAUGGAUACUGUUCUUAAAGAAUUUAUUAGUAUUAAACUAUUUUUUGAAAAAACUACAAAACUACUAUUGGAAAAUUUCAUUAAAAAAAACGACUCGUUUUAUUAUAACAAAAGUACUGUUAACAUAUUUGAUUAUUAUGAAUUACAACUACCAAUUAAUUGCCUAGAUGGUAAAAGUGAUUAUGUUCGUGAUAUGGGCAACAUUCUCAAAGAUUUUUAUCAUUACACUAUAAAAAAAUACUACGAUGAUUUUGACUUUAAUAAAAUAAUACAUCUUGAAAUUUUAGGACAAUAUAGACCAAAUGAAAUUAAUUCACAGCCAAAGGAUGUUCCUGCAUUAGAUAUUAUUAUAAAACAAAGUGGUUGGAAUGUAUUGCAUUAUAUAAGAAUUCUAACCAAUAAUAAUAAAUUGUUACACAUCAAUGAUAUAAUUACUGGCCAUGUGAAUCCGUCUAAUUUUUCUACGAAAGCAUUCAACCUUAAUAAGUUGUUGAAAUGUAGAUAUACUGAAAUAUUGCAUCAUUACACUGUGUUAAUUAAUAAUAUUAUAUCUCAAUGCAAUGACAAAAAUAAAGAUAAUUAUAAGAAAAAUUUUGUACAUUGUGUUCUACAACUUUAUCAUUCAGUGGAUGAGUCACAGAAUAUGUUAGACAAUAUGUUAUCUGCAUUAAAAAGUAUGAGAACCAUUUUAAAUUAUAAAUUUAAAUAUGCUUAUGAAUUACGUUUAGAAAAUAUAAUCAAAGCAUAUAAAAAUUUCAUAGAAAAAAUGGCUCGUAAAUAUAAUUCUAUUAAUGUAUUUGUUGACAAGGAUGGCAAUGGUAAUGAAAAGGUGGCGAAUAUGUUCUUAAAUGAAUUAAAACGACUUCACGAUGACAAAAUCAAGCCAAAUAUAAAUAAAUUGAUAGGCAAUGAAAUGAAAUAUUGUGUACCACACAAAAUAUUCGAUGAAAAAAACAGGAAUGAAUAUAUUGAAUCGAUAAAAGAAACCAUGAAAAAUGAAAAUUUGUCAGAUUUUUAUAUAGCAAUGAGUAAUAACUUAAUUUUAUUUUGUCAAAAGGUAAUUUUAGAAGAUUACAAAAAUCUAGGUUUUAAUCUAAUUUAAAAUAGUUAUGUACACAAGUGAUGUCAAUUUUUUCUUAAAAUAAUAUAAAAAUAAAUAAAAGUAAUCAAUUAAUAAGAUAAUCUAUUUUUUGUAAUCUAGGUUUUGUUUGAAAAUUACUAAAGAUCAUUUUUACAAUAAUUUAAAAGGUUUAAUUUAUAAAGAAAUAAAAAAAUUCAAUUGAUAAUUAAAAGAAUUUGUGUUAUACAUUAGUUUUCUUUCGCAGUUGUUAUCAUAAAAGAAUAAAUUACUUGAGAGUAUCUUUUUGAAGUCAAAAUAAAUAGGUCUAAUUGAUUAGUAUUAUAGUGUAAAGGAACCGACUUUUUCCUAGU